UCCCCCCUCCAAGCCCACUUCACUCCCUUCCCCCGCUUCCCUGAGCCCUGCCUUCGAGUGUCUCUCAGAGACGUCUGUGAACAUUGAAGAUGUUUUCCUUUAAAGAUUUAACCCACUCUUGAAAAAACAACGUUGAAGCCUUCUCUGUCAGAAUGUGUUUCCUAUUCAUUCUUUCUGCUGACUUUUCCCUGGGCUGAAGGGACAAAAACAGUGCACUCUCGGUGUAUUUCCAAAUUCCAGAGUAUCCACAGAUUUAGACAGUGAACUCUAGGUAAAGAUUCGGUCACAUGUUGAAGAAUCCAUACACUAUUAAGAAACAACCUCUGCAUCAAUUUGUACAAAGACCACUUUUCCUACUACCUGCAGCCUUAUGUAACACAGUGAGACACAUGUUUAUUCAAACACAAGAUACUCCAAAUCCCAACAGUUUAAAGUUUAUACCAGGAAAACCAGUUCUUGAGACAAGGACCAUGGAUUUUCCCACCCCAGCUGCAGCAUUUCGCUCCCCUCUGGCAAGGCAAUUAUUUAGAAUUGAAGGAGUAAAAAGUGUCUUCUUUGGACCAGAUUUUAUUACUGUCACAAAGGAAAAUGAAGAAUUAGACUGGAAUUUAUUGAAACCAGAUAUUUAUGCAACAAUCAUGGACUUCUUUGCAUCUGGCUUACCCCUUGUUACUGAGGAAACAACUUCAGGAGAAGCAGGAUCUGAAGAAGAUGAUGAAGUUGUGGCAAUGAUUAAGGAAUUGUUAGAUACUAGAAUACGGCCAACUGUGCAGGAAGAUGGAGGAGACGUAAUCUAUAAAGGCUUUGAAGAUGGCAUUGUACAGCUGAAACUUCAAGGUUCUUGUACCAGUUGCCCCAGUUCAAUCAUUACUUUGAAAAAUGGAAUUCAGAACAUGCUACAGUUUUAUAUUCCAGAAGUAGAAGGUGUAGAACAGGUUAUGGAUGAUGAAUCAGACGAAAAAGAAGCAAACUCACCUUAAAAUAACUUGGAGUUCUUUGGCUGCAAGUUGGACUUGUUAAGAAUAUACAUACCAAGCUUUUAUUAUUAAUAUGCUGAGGAAACUUGAGUAAUAAAAUAUGUCCUUUCUUCAGAGAAUGAUA